UCUUGACAGUUGGAGGUUUUGGAGUUUGUUUUGAUUGCGGAGCCAAAAAAACUUAUGAGCGGCUUUCAUUUUUGAAUUUUGUGUGUGAAAACUGGAGUCAAAGUUGUGAUUAAAUCUUUUUAUUUGUCACGCUUACGAAAACGGUGCAUCAGCUCAAGGGUUUCAAAUGGGCAAGAUGGAAGCUGCGGAGAAGAAUCAAGAGUUUCCGGAAACUGGAGUCGUGAAGAAUGAUGAUACUCCUGACGACCGGAACCAACCCAAGCUUAAAAGGCAAGUAAAUUCCUUGCGAGGGGUCAAAAUCGACCACUUCCGGUUCCUCCUCAAGCAAGGCUACCCCCUUAAGCAGGCCUUCCUUGGUGCAAGCACACGGCCCCACUUUAAGCUCGUCGCCACGAGUGUGGCUUUGGCGGCAAUCGGGCGCCGCUCCCAAACAGAUCCGUGGUUGUUGCGGAUGCUGCAACAGGAGGAAAUGUGCAACUACCGCUUCCAGUUCUGGAAGACUUUUCAAGCGCUCAUCGAACGCGGUGAGUCCGCCGAGGAUUCGGUGGCGUUGGCCAGACGCGACGCCGACACCCGGAUGGUGCUCGGAACCCAGAACGGGAUGUGCGAUCCAAAGUCACUCGAGGGGAAGAUACGGGUGGUCAUUUGCAGUACGAGCUAUCCGGAGGAGGGAAUCCGGUCGGAAGAAUGUCGAUUUAUUUUAGCUGAAUUGAAGAAGAGUUUUCUUAAAAUUAAGGACAUUCGCGACAUUCCGCACAUUGUCGAAUGCGGGCUUGUUCCUGGCAAGGGUUACAUGCUGGCCUAUUGUGCCGAUGCACUCACCGUCCGCUGGCUUCGGCUGACCCUGGAAUCGAUGACACUGUGGCCAAAUGCGUCGCUUUUUAUGGUGCGCGAAAAGAAAUUUCUCGAGUCCUGCAUCAUGACCGUUUUAAUCCCGAAUGAACGCAGAGAAAAACAAAAGUCCAUUGUGAGGAAGAUUAAGGUUCAAAACCGUAAAGUGAAAAUAGGCGAAUGGUCGGUUCUUGGAACGGAAGUCCUAUACAGCAGUGAGCAGGUCAAAGUCACAAUGCUCGUGCCUUUAAUGGACUGCAAAGAGACCCUGGCCGUUAAAUCUGACCAGCUCAAACUGAUUGCGCCGGAAGAUCGAACGGCCAUCGGAAAGCGUGCCUCGUUCCGGGGGAUUUUCGGCACGGACGACUUGCCCUCGGACGAUGUGUUCAAGAUUCUUGCUAGCGAAAACGAAGGCAUUGCCGUGACCGACGAGUGGAAGCAAGCCCAUCGGAAAGGCGACAAGAUGAGCUUCUUUGUGGACGCCGCUUCGGCCCAAGCGAUUCGGGCGGCCAACUGCGAGCUGAACUUCCUGUCCAGGAAAGUGAAGGUGGUGUACCAGCAACGGAUUUCGGAAGUUUAGAAAAUACAUUUAAAGAAUUUCGUAAAAUG